UUCCCUGAAGUUUGUCUAGAGACUGAUUGUUUGCAGCUCUUUGAAGCUUAGAGGAAAUCAAGCGAGACUCUUCUUAUUUAUUUUCUAUUUUGCAAGAUUGUAGAGCAUGAUUUCGUCGUUUCGUUCUUUUCAAGCACAAUUUGGGGGUGAACAUCAUGAGAGGAAUCUCAGUAGACAUGUGAGUGAAAGCUCCAUCGCUAUCACCGAGGAUGAUGAUGAUGACUUGGAGAGGAAGAUUGAAUUGGGUCCUCAAGUUACUUUGAAAGAGCAGCUUGAAAAGGAUAAGGACGAUGAAAGCUUGAGGAGGUGGAAGGAACAGCUUCUUGGAAGUGUUGAUGUGAAUGCUGUUGGAGAAACUCUGGAGCCAGAAGUGAAGAUCCUAAGCCUUGCAAUCAAGUCACCUGGUAGAGAUGACAUUGUUCUUCCAGUGCCUGAGACAGGAAAUCCUCCAGGUUUAUGGUUUACUUUGAAAGAAGGUAGUCGUUACAGCCUCAUGUUCACUUUCCAGGUUGGCCAUAACAUCGUUUCAGGUCUCAAAUACACCAACACUGUGUGGAAAACUGGUAUCAAAGGUAACCAACCUCUCACCAAAACAUGCCAAAUACAACUUUUUUUCUUUGAAGCUUUAUCCUAA